CUUUCCCUAGUGCAAAGAGAAGAUGGCCAUGAAGAAAGACCAGCAGAAGCGUCUCGCGCAGCUUGUGCGUGACUUGGAAACGAAGAAGAGUUUGUGCUGCGUUCGAGACUACCCAGGGAUCACUCUUGACGAACUCAAUCAGUACGUGGCGAAGCACGGUCCGCUUAUCAACCCUGUUUUCGGUGAGCAACCUGCUUUCUUCAUCGACGAAGGCCACUUCACGCCAUAUCGAAUGGUUGUGUAUGGCAAUCAGAAAGUUGCAGCCAAGAUCGCGCAGCGUCUGGGUAACUGGGCUGAGACGUCGAGUGAAGGAGGAAGAGUGACAACUUCACAAGGAGCUUUCAUUCUCGAACAGAGUACUGGCAAACCAACAGUCCGAAUGCCCGAUGUUGCUUACACACCGCGAGAUGUUGACAGAAAUUUGGCUCUUGAUCAAGUUUGGACAUAUCGUGGCGAUCCAUUCGUUCCCACAUUCGUUGUAGAGAUUGACAAGCUUGCUGAUAGAAAUUCACAACGCAAGGUACUCGAUCGCAAGAUGCGAGAUGAGUAUUUUCCACAUGGCGUUCAGUUGGGAUGGCUCAUCGACCCUCGACCUCAACAUCGCAUCAUUUACGAGUACAAGCUUGACACCAAUGGACAGGUAUAUCGCGCGCACAAUCGCAAAUGGCGAGAUCUCGAUGGCGGUGAUGUGCUUCCAGGUUUCAAGCUGCGUGCGGCUGCGUUGGAGAUGGUUCUGAAUCAAGAUUCUGGAUCGUCGUCGGAAGAAGAGAUUGAUUUUAUGUGUCCAGAGCGAGGAUGCAGAAAGAGAUUUAGAUCACGUGGUGCAUGGGUUGCCCAUGCUGAAUGGCACCGUGAGAAGCGAGCUAUAGCAAAAUAUUUAGCAAAUCAGUCGUAGUCGAGAUUAAUACUUCGAAGUAUUCUCAUCAUUUUUAACAUCAACAAUGCCACUUCCGUCCGCUC